GCCCUUUGUUUGCAGUCGCAAAACAUGGCGGAUUACUAAUAAAAACAGUGUCUGCUGGAAGAGGGUGGACCCAGUCUCAAACAUAGAGAUUGGUGGCAAGAAAGAAUGAUUUGACCACCAAGUUUGUCCUUCAUUCUACAUAUCAUGUUUUACUGUGAUAAUUAAUCAUAUCAUAUAUCUAUAUCAUAUCCUCUCAUGAUGGAGGAGGACAAAGACAAAACAGAAUCUACCAGAACGCGUAGGAGGCGAUUAAGUGAAGAAUCCCAGCCUAAAAUCCACAGUUCAUCGAGGUCCAGGAUCAGGGAUAUAACAUUUAAUGAUGCUGUACCUAAUGAACCAAUACUCCUUUCGGACAAGACUCCUACAGGAGCCAGUUUUUCAAGAGAGUCUCGCUGGCGUUCAGCUAGGAAAGAAAUUCCUGGUGAUCCUGAUGUGCCCCCUGUUCUACCUUCAGAUCCUCCUCCACCAAUGCCUGCAGAGACGAGUCCUAGAUCCAAACCAUCAGAGCCAAGUUCAGGGUCCAGAUCUCAGCGCUGGAGGUCAAGGAUUACAGAUCAGUCCAAAUCCUCUUCAGAUAGAUGUGAAACCUCUGAUUCCCAUCCUCCUGGUCUGCCUUCAGAACCCCCUCCACCUCUCCCGCAUGAAUCUAUGUCUCAGUCUCCUAGAAGAAGAUCUCGCCAUGAGGAUGCAACAGCUCCUGUACACUCAACAACCACCCCCCUGUCCCGAUCAACAAGUGUCCCAACCACUGCUGAUGGUCCUGAUGAACCACCUUCAAGAGUCUCUCGGAGAAGGCCACCACAGAUUGAACAUGCAUCCCGAAGUUUAACUGAGGAUGCUCUGAAAGCUCUUCUCUCUCAGCCAAUUAGUAUCCCAUCUCAUCCACUGCCUCCACCUGUUUCAUUUGAUUUUAGUGCCCCAAUUUCACCCAGGAGGAAAUCUAUGGAUAAGGAAAUGAUAACUGAAACACCAACAGACUCCAUUGUAGGACUUCCUGCUGCCCGUGCAGUGUCCUCAAGUUCUGGACCUAGGAGACAAAGACCAGCUGCAAGAGCUUUACAAACACAGAAACCUUUGGAUAAAGAACCGGAAAAUAGUUUACCAAAGACUGUUACGGAAGAUGUUUCAGCAGAGAAAUCAUCAUCUACAGAAGAUACUGAUCCUGCUGAUUACAUUAUUUCUCAAUUUCAGAGUCUUUCUAUUACAAAUUUGGCAAACAAGCAAGACUCACCCCCAAAGACUUCCAAGUCUGACUCUUCUCAAAUGUCCAGUUCAGCAGAAACUGAAUCAUCUGAUUUGUCCUUUAAGAGUUUAUCCAAUACGGCACUUGAUCAGCCAGAACAGAAACCAGACAAACCUUCUGACAAGGCUCCUACUCCCAUACUAUCUGAAGCUAAAUUGAUCAGCUCAGCUAAGACUAUAUCUGAGCAACCGUCAAGAAGAUCAUCAAAGACUUUGUCAACUAGUGAUGUUGCCAUUGUAGAACUGUCUCAGCAUUCUCCUAGAUCCUUGACCCAACCUUCUGAUAAAUCCUCCUCAAGAUCAGUCUCUCCCAGAACCUCCAGAACCAUGUCUACAAGUGAUAUUCCUCUGGAUGAUGAAGAAAUAGAUGGUGAUUAUGGUGGAACACCUCCACGAAGUCUGUCCCUGAGUGGAGAACAGCUAUUGUUGCAUCAAAAGCAAUCAUCCAAGUUGAGCCACUCCCUUGACAUGACAUACUCGUCCUCAAGGCGGCAGAUCCGGGGUCCAAGGGGACCAGUGGCCACUGACCUUGACCAAGCUGCUCGAGAUCUUGAUGAACAGAGACUGCGAGCCUGGUUUAAAACACCAUCAAAGAAAGAUGAGAUUUCUCCGAAAGCAAAACCUGUACCUCAUCCUGAAAUGGAAACAGACAUUGAUGAUGAGCCAGGUGAGAGGAAGUUCAUCACCAACAUCCACGUGGCGGGUGUGUCUGGAGAGUCUACUACAGACUCUGACAAGUCCAGCCCCAAGAGAACAACUCCACCUAGACAAAGCUCCAAAGGAGACGCUUACAAGCCAGUAAAUUUUGAUGAAGCAGUGAAGUACCCAAGAACUAUCCCUGGCAAAUUGGAUUUCUCACAAAUGGAGGUUUUUGAAGGCCAGAUGCUGACGCAAUGGCUGACAUCGUGGUUUGACGACACCCACUACCUACACACAUUCCUGACGAAGCAUGACCUGAAGGUGCUGGUGUAUCAGUUCUGUACCCAUCUGCUGGCAGCAGGGGUCAUGAAGUCUCAGGAGGUGCAGGCCAUGGAGACCGUCUUCAAGCCUCUAUGUAUGUACUACUGGACACACCUGGAGGCCCCGCCCCCCAGCCAGACUGACUCGCCAGGGAAGUUGAUGCCCAUGUGGCCACCACAGGCAGACGACAGUGACCACGACACAAGGCCAUCCCUCAAAUACACCGAGCCAGAACACCAGGCAGCCAUGGUCCAGAUGCGCCAUGACUACAAAGAAGACAUUGAACUGGUCAAGAAGGAGCACCAAGUGGAACUGGAGAGGUGUAGACAUGACUAUGAACAUCAGAUUCAGGAGUGCCACACAAAGAUUCUGCAUCUUCAGCAGGAGGUGGAGAAAUAUCAAGUCAUUGCAGGAAUUGAAAAACUUACGCAGGCUGCUCUCUCCGAUGCCGAGGCUGCUAGGAAGGAGGCAGGUUUGGGGGACAGGGUGAGCCUGCAUCUCACCAAUGGCUUCCUGACGCCAGAAGAUGGUGUGGGUGAGAGGAUCAUUGCUGUGACUGCAACCCCCCAACAGACACCUUCCACGUAUCACACCCCUGCAGCUACACCCGAGUGCCUUGGGAAGGAUCAACUAGUGCAGUAUUUGUCAGAAGCAUCUCCUGAGAACAACCAUCCCUUACACCCCCCUUCAGAACUUGUGCCUUCACCCCAGGGGGUUGGGCUUGAUGAGGUCACUCCUCCCAGACCCUAUCAUCCUGCAGAGAUGUCUGUUGCUCCUGGGGGUCCUCCUCCUCCCCCUCCUCCCCCACCACCUCCUCCACCCCCAGGACAAGGUGGACCACCCCCACCUCCUCCUCCACCUCCACCACCUGGUGGGGGUCCGCCUCCCCCUCCCCCACCCCCUCCUGCUCCAGGGAUGGGACCUCCACCACCACCUCCGCCUCCUGGAAUGGCUAUCAAGAAAGGUCCAAUGAAGCCAGUUGUCAGCCCUAAGUCACCGAUGAAACCCCUGUUCUGGCAGCGACUACAGGUCCAUGACAUCAAGAACAAACACAAGGAGUUGAAGGAUAGCAAUCUGUUCUGGGAGACAGUCAAGGAACCUAUCGUGGACUUUGAUGAGUUUGAUGACAUGUUUGCCAAGAAGCCAUUGGAACCUAAGAAGAAGGCAGCAUCCAAGCCAAAGGAAAAGACAAAGAAAGAGGUGGUGAAGCUGCUGGAUUCCAAGAGGUCACAGGCUGUUGGCAUCUUCCUGUCAAGUCUCAGACUAGAGAUGCAGGAUAUAGAAAACGCUAUUUUGAAUCUUGACACUUCGGUGCUGGACCAAGACAAACUCAAAGCAAUAUAUGAUAGUCGACCUGACGAUGAUGAGUUAAAGAAGAUCAAGAAGCAUUUUGACAAGAACCCUGAUGCAACCCUAGACAAACCAGAACAAUUUUUCCAUGAUCUGACGCAGAUCCCUGACUACGACAGUCGGAUCUUCUGCUUCAUCUUCCAGUCUUCCUUUGAGGAGAGCAUGUCUGUGAUAGAUUCCAAGCUGAACAACCUCAAGAUGACCUGCAAGACUCUUGUAUCGGACGAUAAUAUCAACCGGAUAUUUGGCAUCAUUCUUGCCUUAGGGAACUAUAUGAAUGGAGGCAGUAGAACACGAGGCCAGGCUGACGGGUUUGGCCUAGAGAUUUUGCCCAAACUCCGGGAUGUCAAGGGAAAGGACAACCGGACAAGCCUGCUGCAGUACGUUGUCGUGCAAUAUGUGAAGACUGUUGAAGGGGAGCGGGCCGGCACUGACCAAGCCAAGCUCCCUAUUCCCGACCCCAGUGAUAUCAACCAGGCAGCCCUUGUUAACUUUGAUGAAUUACAGAAAGAAGUCAAGAGAAUUAAAAAAGACUUUGAUUCUGCAGAGUCAAGAUUUCAGAAAGUGUUAAAAUCUCAAGCUUCUGCAAACCACCAACAACCAUUUAAAGAUAUCAUGACAGAGUUCUUUGUGAAAGGUCAACAAGACUUUGUGGAUCAACAGGAGAACCUCUCUGAGUGCCAAGAGAAGUUUAGAGAAAUGGUACGAUUUUUCUGCAUUAAGCCCAAGGGAGGCGACUCUGCAGUUUCCCCUGACUACCUGUUCUCAUUUUGGUUGGGAUUCAGUAAGGAAUUCAAGGAUCUUUGGAAGAAAGAGCAACAACGUAUUGUCAAACAGAGGAUAAAGGAUAGCGAGAACAAGGUGCAGCGGAUCAGAGGCAACAAGACUGCUGCUGCUCCACCCAAGAUGGCUCGGAAAGCAGGGGGACUGAAAGACAGACUAGCACAAAAAGGAUUGCUGGGUUGAAAUUCAUGAUGAUUGCCGGGACUCCAGUGAGGAGGAGAGAGUGUGGAGGGUGUGAAGAGGAUGAAGGGCAGGGGGGUGACGAUGGGGAGAGGGGGGUGGAGUGCAAGACGAUGGGGACGAUGAUCUGAGGAGUGCAAGAAGAUAGCGAGGGGGGUGAUGACAAAGAUCAGGUGACAACAAUUGAUAAGAUAGCAACAUGGAUUUUGAACAAGGGGAUAGAUUGUUGGUAACUGGGAAAGACUGAUUAAGAUUGAAGAUGUCCAUUGGCUUGACCUGACUGGUGCAGAGAGGAGAGUCUUGAAGAGGAAGGGAGGAGAUAUUACCUGUGGAGGAAGAGGAUGAAGGGUGAUGGAUGGUGUCAUCCUCAACAUGGAGAUCGAUGAGGCUGGAAUAGUGUUGAGUUAUCAUACAAUAUUGGUUAUGCUUUGUGUUGUUUAUAAAACUUCUUUGAACUCCCAGGCUUUCAGUUGACAACUUUGACACAUGGGUACUGAAUUCAAUGUAAGCCCUCAUUACAAACUAUACAGCAACAUUUAGCCAUGUAGAGUUUCAUUGUCAUGUUACCAAGCAUGGUGGUGGAGUGUAAGGUCUAAACAUAUACUUACUGUGAUCUGUAGGAGAUUCAUCCAGAUAGGAAGGGAUCUCAGACCUUAGAUACAUGUGUUGGAAAUGCUUCAGGUAGAAGAUUAAAGUUAAUACAAAAAAUGAGGUUUGUAGUGGAAACAGAGGAACAGUAGACUGGAAGAGAGAGUGUCAAGAGUGUCAGUGAGAAAAUGGUGAAAAUUGAAGAAAUGGUUGAAGAAAAGAAGACUUCUAAAAGGAGGAAACAUGUGACAUAGUUAAAACUUUGAGAAAGAGUAGCAGAGAAUGCUUUACAAGAGCAGAUGAAAGGGGGACUUUGUUGGGGAAAUGGAGUGUUGUGUCAGAAAUGAAAGUGGGUGGUAUGAAAAAUGGAAGGGUAUGAUAAAUUAAAGGGUAUGUUUGAUGGAGUGAGUUGUUAUGAGAUAUGGAGGGUGAUAGGAGAAAUGGAGGCGGAUGAUAGGAGAAAUGGAGGGGGUGGUAGGGGAAGUUGAGGGGGGUGCGACUAGGUGAGAGGGCAUCUCGCCAGCAUCAGCAAGUCGUGGCUCCAGCAAGUCAAGGGUGGGAUGUUGGCAAACAAAGCCUAACGAGCCCCCACCGCCAGUGCUGAUCACCUCACAACUGAUCACCCUCUCAAACACACGGCUGUCUAGGCAGACUCUCUAUUGUAAAGGAGUGCCCUUUAAUUUGCUGCUUGUCUUGUUUUGUUUUUGCAUCAAAUGAAGGGGGACCAGAUAGCAUGGGCUGGUCGGGCGACUGGAUGGAGGCAAUACGGGAUUAUGUUUUCCUGUUUGUAAAUAAAUAACGCAGACAGUUUUAUCGGGAGUCUGAUCUGGAGGCAGAAGGAGACUGGAGGAUGAUAUUUACAGCUGAGAUUGUGUGCUGAGAGGAUCAGAUAGAAUGCUUUGAUUUAUCUGUAAAAUAAGAUUGUACAAACAACUUUUGUAGAGAUUGUUAACAGUUGUGUAUGAAAGUGUAUAUUUUGUAUUAAUGAUACUUUAGCUGUGGCUGUGUACUGAUAGAGGAAUAUGAUAGCCUGGAACAUGUUUACUUCUAUCUUCUAUGCCUGUGCUCUCUGGCUAAUGUUAACGUGUGCUAGACUUGUGAUUGUGUUUGUACUUGAGUUAAUCAAACUUUAUACUUAGUUUGAAGAGAGUUUGAAUUUAGGGAAACAUUUUGAACCAAACCUUGAUAUUUUUGGGUAAAUUUUCACUUACAUUUCUUUGGAAUAUUUAUCAGUAUCAGCUGUUAUUUUCUUCUUUUUUUUAAGGUCCUUGUUGAAAGGAAUCUGUAGGUAAACUAGAAAUUUACAGAUAAGUACUCACAUAGUGGAGUGAUUGACCCUUUUGAAGUGUUACCAAGAUUCUACUCAUGUUUCUAAAAGAAAUGAUAUAAUAGUAGGGUGUUGAGUUUCUUUAAUCGUUGUGAUGUAUGAAAAGAAUCUUACCAACUUGCGUGCUGUGUUGGGAUGCUGCCUUUGUUAAUAUGUGUUUUUUCUGGACAGGCCGAGAGAAUCCUAUUCAUCCUUAAUUGGACACACUUCAUAUUCAGUGUUCGUCAAAGUGGUCAGAUGGCAUAAAAGUUUUGAUCAAAGUCUCAUCUCAUCAGUUUUAUCUGGUAGUUUUUCAGCUUACCCUCAGGCAUUUCUAUAAUUAUGGGAUCAACAGCUUAAGAACAUCACACAGAUCUACAUUCAAUCUGUUCUGAACCAAAGAAUGUCUUGCCAAUUAUCUAGGAAUGUUUGCUUUGUGUUUUUUCCAGUAAUGUGCCUACUGUGUAGAUUUUUUUGUUUUGAUUGAUUUUUCUUAUAAAUAUUUUAGUUUCAAAAUCACUUUAGAAAGACGAUAGUAGGUUUUUUUUAGAAGUAUCAAACUAGGAAGAGUUUUAUUUUGCCAGAUGUUACCUUCAACCCGAUACCAGAUGCCUUGCAUCUUAAAAGAAAAUAUGACAAAUUCAUUUUCAGUUUUAAAAAAAUGUAGCAGUUCCCUUUUUGGAAAGACAUUCUAUCUAAAUGACUAUAGCAUAUCUAUGUAAAUAGACAAAAAACACCCAAAAAUAUGAAUUUAAAUUUUCUAAUCUUAAUUUAAGAUAAGAUGUGAUUAGGGUCUGAAUGUUUGUCCAGUAGUUGAGAGCAGUCAGCAAAACUACUGAAUCUGAAAGAUGUCAGGGCUGGGAGAGAGGGAGGGUGUGGCAGAGGGGAAAGGGGUGAGUGGAGAGAGAAUGGGGGUCCUGCUGUAAGACCCUCUCUCUCACAAAACCUUUUGACUGCAGUAUGGAUUCAUGCACUGAUUGAUCGAAGAAGGAGAAAAGUACAAAUUACACUGUUGUAGCCUGCUAAUUUGUUAUAAUUACAGAGCUUGUUGGGUCGACAUUUUGUCAGUGGAUGGAGACUGUGUGUCGGACUGGUGGUGGAGGCUUCAAAUACUCCGCUCCCUGAUGUUUACCCGCCUGUAUUUACACGAGAACGGCUCGAUGCCACUGAUAUAGUCACUUCAUCCCAUCUUUGACCAUCUGGAUGAAUCAUUCAGAUAAGCGGCUUUGUUCUUGCUAAACUGUCCUACCGUAUCCUUCCCAAUAGGUGCUCACAUUGCAAAUAUAGUGAGAUGUGAGCUCAACUCCCAUGGUGAUGCACCUGGUACUGUAUUCUACCAAACAGAUGUCCCCUUUACAAAUGUAGAGGGACAAUUAGCUCCUCUUCUGUAGUGUUGACUCCUAGUAUCAUACUCGACCCAAUAGGUGCCCCCCCCCCAAUACAAAUGUGGAGAGCCAUGAGCUUCCAUCCUUUGAUUAUUAUUCCUAGUACUGUGUGUGUUCUACACAACGGGUGCCCUCAUUAUGUAUAGAAUAUAUCUCUUACUUACAUACAGGGUGACUAGCAUCCAAGACAGUCUUAGCUUGAUUGAAGUCAUGCAAAACACAGUUUGUUUGCAAACUGGAGCUUUAUGAUGUUUAUCAAUCUAGCCAUAAAUAGCCACCCCAAUUACACGGAAUCCAUUACUCAAUUUAUCCUGUCACUAUAACUACAACAUCUAGGUUGAGACUGGAGAGCAUACUUCCCUUUAAUAAUCUGAGGAGGUUUUACGGUAUGACAGUUUCAUGGUCAUCCACAGUUUGUCCAUCCACUUAUGUCUGGAACAACAUUUCAGUUGAUCUGAACUUUUCUAAAGAUCCUUGUCAAUAGUAGAGACAAUCUAGCAGAAAGGACUCUGAAAAGAUGCUGAUCAACAUAUCUCUGAUCCCUUUUCUUCCUUGAAUGUUUUUUUCUCACAUUUUCUGGACGAGGAUUUGUGAAGUCUCUCUUUGUGGUAUCUCCACCUCCAUAUUUAGUUCUGUUCAAGUCUUGUGAGGUAUGCCUCAUAACUUUAAUGCAGCUUAGAUUCCAAUGAAACUUCUGAGGAGCACACCCAUAAAACUAGCCUUCUGUGAGUGUUUUCAAGAACAAAUUAUCUUCGCUCUUUGAUUAUUGUCACAAAACAAUGUAUUUGAGUGAGACCACCCGGAAAGUUCCCACAUUAUGAGAGUGAGAGUGAGAAAGUGCCCUGAAGAGACAGUUUAGCCUGGGUUUAGUAGACACACAUUGGAAUCAAGGAACUAAUUCACCUGUAUUAAAAACUGGAGGAUAAAUGGGAGAAUGGUGUUAUUGACUAGUUGUGGUGUCAAACUUCAAAGGGAAAUUAUUAUUUUUAUAGAUUAUUAUAAUAGUUUUUUGUAUUAAUUUGAUUUUUUAAUCUUUUGGGGACAGAAAUAGGUUUUUUUAUGAAUGGACAUGAUGCUGUUAUGUUUUAAGUAGAAUUAGACGGAAACAACUUAACAUACAUUGUGUAUUAGUGCUCAUUUUCUUGCUUGAGUAGAAGACAUUGUUGAACAGUGAUAAUUUAGGAUUUUAAUGUGUAUCAUACCAUAGGCUGCUAUUGCCUGUAAAUGCAUUACCUUG